AUGGCGGCUUUCGUCUCGCAACAUAUCAUGGGCACAGCUUUCGAGAUCACCGAGAGAUACAGCAAUCUGAGAUUGGGCAACAUUGGAAAUUUUGGUGUAACUUGGUACUCAGCGUUCGACUCGAUCCUCAAUCAAACGGUAUCCAUCAAGAAAAUAACGGCUCCGUUCGAAUCCAGUACUCUUGCUAAAAGCGCGUAUCGCGAGGUUCAUCUGCUGAGCAAGCUACAACAUGAUAAUGUACAUUGUGACGGAUAUUCCAAUGACGCUUUUUCGCCCCUUGACACAGUUCCUUUCAAAGCCAUUAGAAGACCAAUAUGCCCAAUUCUUCAGUUAUCAGAUUAUGGUAUUAAUAUAAACCAAGGUCCAUUGUCCCUCCUAGUACUGAAAAUUGCUGAGUGGUUACUAGCGAGGGCUCAAAUAUAUCCACUCUGCCGGCGUUCUUCAUCGCGACCUCAAACCGAGCAAUAUUCUGAUCAAUGA